CUAGCUGAACACAAGCCUGCUCUUUUCCCAUCCCACCGCCCCGGCCGAUCUCUCCGGCCUCUCUGUCCCUCCACGGGGAGCUCCCGGUGCGGAGCCAUGAGAGGAGGAAGGGGAGAGGAGACGCCGCGGCGGACGGCGGCGGGGCAGGCGAUGCAGGAGCUGCAGGCGAACGGGGCAGCGGCGACGGCGACGUCGGCGAGCGGCGCGAUGGUGGUGGGUCUGAGCCCGCUGAGCGAGACGCUGUGGCGGGACAGCAAGUCGCUGCCGGGCGGCGGCGCGGCGGCGCUGAUCGGCGAGGUGUCGGCGCGGCUGACGUGGAAGGACCUGUCGGUGACGGUGGCGCUGGGCCCCGGGAAGACGCAGACGGUGCUGGACGAGCUGACGGGGUUCGCGGAGCCCGGGUCGCUGACGGCGCUGAUGGGCCCGUCGGGGUCCGGCAAGUCGACGCUCCUGGACGCCCUCGCGGGCCGCCUCGCCGCCAACGCCUUCCUCUCCGGCAGCGUCCUCCUCAACGGGCGCAAGGCCAAGCUCUCCUUCGGCGCCGCGGCGUACGUGACGCAGGACGACAACCUGAUCGGGACGCUGACGGUGCGGGAGACGAUCGGCUACUCGGCGCUGCUGCGGCUGCCGGACAAGAUGCCCCGCGAGGACAAGCGCGCGCUGGUGGAGGGCACCAUCAUCGAGAUGGGGCUCCAGGACUGCGCCGACACCGUCGUCGGCAACUGGCACCUCCGCGGCGUCAGCGGCGGCGAGAAGCGCCGGGUCAGCAUCGCGCUCGAGCUCCUCAUGCGGCCACGCCUCCUCUUCCUCGACGAGCCCACCAGCGGCCUCGACAGCUCUUCGGCCUUCUUCGUGACGCAGACGCUGAGGGGCCUGGCCAGGGACGGCAGGACAGUGAUUGCGUCCAUCCACCAGCCCAGCAGCGAGGUAUUCGAGCUCUUCGACAUGCUCUUCCUCCUCUCCGGGGGCAAAAACGUCUACUUCGGCCAGGCCUCCCAAGCAUGUGAGUUCUUUGCUGAAGCUGGCUUCCCGUGCCCACCUCUGAGAAAUCCGUCCGAUCACUUCCUGAGGUGCGUUAACUCAGACUUCGACAAGGUCAAGGCCACCCUGAAAGGAUCGAUGAAAGCAAGGGUCGAAAGGUCUGAUGAUCCCCUAGACAAGAUAACCACAUCAGAGGCCAUCAGAAAGCUGGUGUCUUCCUUCAGCAGGUCACAGUACUACUACGCAGCAAGGGAGAAAGUUAAUGACAUUGCGAGAAUUAAAGGAACGGUGCUGGAUUCAAGCGGCAGCCAGGCCAGCUUCUUGAUGCAGGCUUGUACCCUUACCAGGCGCUCAUUCAUCAACAUGUCACGGGACUUUGGGUAUUACUGGCUCAGGCUCUUGAUUUAUCUCCUUGUCACCGUCUGCAUUGGCACAAUCUACCUGGAUGUCGGCACCAAAUACACAUCCAUCCUGGCCAGGGCAGCAUGUGCUGCAUUUGUCUUUGGAUUCGUCACCUUCAUGUCCAUCGGAGGAUUCCCUUCAUUCGUGGAAGAAAUGAAGGUUUUCCAGCGGGAGCGGCUAAAUGGGCACUAUGGUGUUUUGGCAUUUGUUAUUGCCAACACCCUCUCGGCCAUGCCAUUCCUGAUCCUGAUAUGUUUCAUGUCGGGAACAGUAUGUUACUUCAUGGUGCGCCUUCAUCCUGGUUUCUCACACUACAUCUUCUUCGUCUUGAACCUCUACGCCAGUGUCACCGUGGUUGAGAGCUUGAUGAUGGCCAUUGCAAGUGUCAUACCCAAUUUCCUCAUGGGCAUCAUCAUAGGAGCUGGAAUUCAGGGUAUAUUUAUGCUUGUAUCUGGAUACUUCAGACUUCCAUAUGACAUCCCUAAGGUUUUCUGGAGAUACCCCAUGCAGUAUAUUAGCUUCCACUACUGGGCACUACAGGGCCAAUGCCAGAAUGACAUGGAUGGUCUCCUAUUCGACAACCAAUACCCAGACCAACCGAAGAUCCCUGGGGAGUUCAUACUGAAGUACAUCUUUGAGAUUAACGUGAAGCGGUCAAAGUGGAUCGAUCUAUCAGUCAUUUUCAGCAUGAUCUUCAUCUACCGCAUGCUGUUCUUCGCCAUGAUCAAGGUAAAUGAGGAUGUGACGCCAUGGAUUCGCGGUUACAUCGCGAGGAAAAGGCUUCAGAAAAAGGUGCCUGCCAUCGGCAAGACACCAUCUCUAAGAGGCUAUGUUGUGGAUCCAGAGCUUGGUCCUAACGAAGGCUAGAGGAUAAGCUGGAUGCUGGGUAGCACAAAUAGGCAAUUUCCUACCGGUUCUUGGCGUAAUAUGUAUCUAAGAUCAGAGAAACUGGUAAUUUAUACGUUUUGGAAGUGAAGCUCAUUUGAGUACAGGUACAUACAUACAUGUAAUGCGUGCAAAAAUGGCAUCGCCGAUGCAGAAUGACACAUAAUUGGUUGUUCACAAAUUA